CACGGCCGGGCUUCUUCUCUUCUCUUCUCGGGCCCAAACGUUCUCCACGCUGCCGCAGUCGCGUCCGCGAUUCUGAUCGCGCAGGUAACGCGGGAUAGGAGUGCGAAUCAAGAACCGAGAAGUUCGAGUGAAUUCGAAGAAGAGAACACCUCCGAAGGAACCCCGACGUGGAACAUGGAGUUCACGAAGCGAUGUCUCGUCCUCAUCUUGGUGGGAAUAUUAUGGAGUUGCGUACUAGGUCUUCAAAGACCACCACCGAGAUAUUCUCAGCAAUAUAUGCCGGAAACCUCGUUCUCCUGUCGCAAUAAGAUUGUCGGAAGCUAUUACGCGGAUCCUGAGACCGACUGCCAAGUCUUCCAUGUCUGUGUCUCUGUGGCUGGAACUAUCCAAGACUACAAGUUCUUAUGUCCCAACGAUACCGCCUUCGAUCAAGAGAGUCAAACCUGCGCGGAUUGGUACGACGUGGAUUGCGAGGCCGCGACCCUCUAUUACGCCAGCGACAACUUCGACUUGUACAGAAUUGGUUCCGGUCUGGAGUCUGUGCACUACGACAACUUGCGUAGCGACGCCGAGCCCCAGGAUCAUCUUCAGCGCAGCGAAACCAGCGACGCCGUUCGAUCUUCCGCGAACGCAGUGAAUCGAGUAUCGUCGUCCAACUAUAAUAACCGCGACAUAUUGCGCGGUAGCAGCAGCGGCAAUCUCUACAAUAGGAACAACAAGGAAGAUGAAUACGAGACUGAGAAGUCGUACAAGGAAGAUCUGAGUCAAGACACUAAGAAGAAGGGAGGCAUCAGAAAAGUUAGUAGAAAGCAACCGUAUACCGGCAAUGGAAGCAACUAUUCGCCAACAACUACCACGUCGGCACCCGCCGAAACCCGUAGUCGAAACAACUACAACGGUAAUUAUUACAACGGUAACGCGUACAAUCAACAAUCUACGACGUACGUCUCGUCAACGACAACCCGGCCUCAAGAAAACUACAACAGGAAUCAAAACACGCAAAGAUAUAACGUACCGUCGUCGACGUAUCGACCUACCACAACGUAUCAAGAUACAUAUAGCAGUUACCAGUCACCCAGCACGACUACCAGGACAACUCCAAAUAUCUACACGAAUUUCUUCAAUCUUUACAACUCGAAUUACAAUCAGCAGAAUACUGGCAGUCCCGUUCAAGUCACAACGCUGAGACCGAGUAGCUACAAUCCUAAGAACAAUCAGGCUUAUCAAGGCCAAUUCGCGCAAUCCACCACUGUCCAGCCGAGCACGAAUUAUCAGACCAGCGAUUACACUAAUUAUCAACAGAAGAGCUACAACAACAUCCAACGAGGAAACAUCGCAUCAGUUGCAUAUCAAUCCACCACGUCUGCGUCUACAGUUUAUAACAAUAAUUAUAACAACAACGGCCAAUACAGAUCAGUUUCGUCCACUAAUCAGGACAUCCCUCAAACCACUGCCAAAUAUUAUGCCAACAAUUUUGCAAGCAGCAAUUACGCACCAACCACUUACAGUCCGGCGACGAAGAAGUACGCGAACGUAGACAAUACUGUGGCGCAGGUUGCCUUGAGGAACAACGAGAACAACCAAUAUUAUGACAAAACGAGCCAAGCGGUUAAACCUUCCACUCAAUACUACGAUAGCACGAAAACACCCAAGAAGGCGACUCAAUACAACAAUUAUGAUAACGCGAGUAGCGGCAAGUCGUAUUACAUCGAAACUAGCACGGGGAGCUUCGACCUCGCGAGAUCUUCCGUAGGAAUCGGUUUUAGUCCCGCGAGUAUUAAUCAUCUCGCUGAAUCGCCAAGGACUACCACGCCGGUACCAAGGCGACCGUCUAACCCCACCACCUACAACCCGAACAAUUUCAAUUCCAACGCUCAGAGAACUGUCCAACCGACAACGACGCCACGUGGAGCCACUUACGUUAGCGGAUCCGCGAGACCAUUCUCGUCGACGACCAGAUUACCUAGCAGCAAUAGCAACAGCGGCAGCAGCACGACAGCGCGACCAAAAUCGGGCAAGAAAAACGAUUACGAUUACGCAUAUUACGAUAAUACGGGUGGUUUGGAAUACGAUGGAGUCGACCUCGAGCACGUCACCAGCAACAAAGAGUCCACGAAAAUUGCGAGGAAUUAAAAACGAGGUUUUCGCCUCAUUAUAUGUUGCGUCAAAUCUUUUUGAAGACCUCGUCAGUGAUGUAAAAUACCGAGGAGCAGGUAUCUCCUCCUUAUAGAUACAGAUUUUUUAAUCUGUAUCUCUAAAUAUGUUUUUUGCAAAGAAAUUUAUUUUUAUUUUUAAAUAUUUAUUUGCGAGAUAUAUCAUUUUAAAGAAACACGCUCUGAAAAAUUACAUUUUAAAUCAGUUUCAAUAUAAUUAUAAAUCAAAAUGCGAAAAUGAAAUAUUUAAUUAGAUGUACUUUUGAGGUAUUUAUAGCUAGGUAUUUAUAGCUAUUAAUAAUGGAAGUAUAUCUUACAUCACUGGUCGAGAAGGACUCCAAAAAUCUUGUAAAUCAUCGUUUAUUAGUGGCCAGUCAUCAUCAAAAUCGGUCUUCGAUUAAGGAAUAUUCGUGAAAAGGCAAACAUAAAGUAUUGAAUACCGAUUUUGAAAAAAAAAAAAUCAUCGAUCGAUUUAAUCAACUUAAAUAUGUUCAAUCGAGAUUCGACGGCUCGUCCGCCGUUAAUAACAAUAUAAUUUUGUAGUUCAGUAUUCUAGGAUAAUUGUUUACGCAUUCUACGAUGUUUAAUCCGCGUAGCAUUAAGCGUCGAUUUAUCGAUAUUACAAAUAUAGAACGUUGAAAAAUUCUGAACAAUAUUAAACGCAAAUUGUUUCCUCGACAUUAAUCUUAUCCCGUUUGUUUCAUCGCGUAAAAAGAAAACAUUGAGAUUAUUAUCAACGCUUACUAUGUCUUGGUAACAGUAGUGCGAAGUUUGGUUGUCGAGACGUUAAAUUUUUCAUAUAUUUUGUGCAUAUAUAUCGACAAAAACCCGCACGAAACGUGUUCAGAUUUUAGAUUGUUUAAUUAUCUGCGUCCCCUAAAGUAUAUACGUACUGAGUGUAUAUAUACUAUAACUAUUUUAAUUAAGAAAAGCAUUAAAUAAUAUGGUUUAUA